CGUAAAAACCACUUCUGUUUUCUUUCAUUUUCACUUGAUAAAAGGCACCAUGAAUUGUGUGUUCCCUGCUCAUAUCUCAUUACACUCUUCGUUUCUCGCACCCUCUUGAUUCUCUUCCUUGCCCAGAAACUCUCCUCCCCAUUCAUUUCUAUACAAAUCGCAGCCUACCCCCUAAGCAAUGGAACUACUAAAUUUUCUAUCCACAUAUAUCAAUAACCUUUAUUCUCAAAAAAAGAAAUUUCUGGUUUCUGAUGCUGUGUCUGAUUACAGACGUUCGCCUUUUGAUCUAACUAAGAAAUUUAUAGGUUCCUAUGCAGUGUCUGAUUUAACCCACAAGCUUUCUGAUCAAAUAAAGACAUUUAUGGCUUCUGGUGCUGUGUCUGAUUACAGACGUUCGCCUUUUGAUCUAAUAAAGAAAUUCAUGGCUUCUGGUGCAGUGUCUGAUUUCACCUAUAUGCCUUUUGAUCUAAUAAAGAAAUUUAUAGCUUCUGGUGCAGUGUCUGAUUUCACCUAUAUGCCUUUUGAUCAAAUAAAGAAAUUUAUAGCUUCUGGUGCAGUGUCUGAUUUCAACCACAAGCUCUCUGACCUAAUAAAGAAAUUUCUAGCUUCUGAGACAGUGGUGUAUGUCCUCCAAUGGUUUAAGAAAGAAAGCGUUCCUAUAAUUGUUGCAGUGGUAGUGAUAGCACUCCUAGUACGCCUGUUUCGUAGUUGCUGCGGAUGUCUUGCCAAGAAUAUUGUUCGUAUUUGCUGCGGAUGUCUUGCCAAGAUUGUUCGUUUUUGCUGCGGAUGUCUUGCCAAGAGUGUUAAAACAAUGAAAGCACCGGGGAGGAACUAUCGCAUACCAAGGAGUAAUUUUGAAGCAAAUCCUCGUGCUUAUUUUAGGGACUUGCGCAAGGGGUAGAAGAUAUAUCGAUUCUAAGCGUCCAAUAUGGUUGUUUCCAUAGGCUUUUCUCCGGAAGCAGACCCGCUCUUCUUCAUCUCUUCAUCGACCCUACUGUAUUUUCUUCUUUUCGAGUGGUUUUUCAAAAGCUUUGAUCUGUUGUAGUAGAUGCUUUGUGAGCUUGCUUCAACUUACAUGUUUCAAUAAAGAAGUGAAUUGGUCUUCA